CUGUGUGUCUCAGACCCCCCCUCCACCUUCAUCAUCUACCCCCGAGACGACGUGGACCUGGACCAGAAGAACACUCUGCUGUGCCACGUGUCUGGGUUCUACCCGGCCCCGGUCUCCGUCUCCUGGACCAAGAACGGACGGAACGUGAGCGAAGGGACGGCCGUCAACCAGCCGUUCCCCAACAAGGACGGAACCUUCAGACAGACGGCCCGGCUGGACUUCGUCCCCAAAGACGGAGACUUCUACAGCUGCUCUGUGCACCACCCGGCCCUGAAGACCCCCAUGACCCGGAUCUGGGAUAUUGACCUCUCGACCUGGCAGACCCAGCCAGGUGUUGGACCCUCAGUCUUCUGUGGACUUGGUCUCCUUGUGGGUCUGGUGGGCGUGGCCGUCGGAACCUUCUUCCUCAUUAAAGGAAACAAGUGCAGAUGAUUGGCUGCUGCUGCUGCUGAUGUCAUCACUGUCUCCAUGGAAACGACCCCAAAGCUUUGAUCUGUUUA